AUGGCGCCGCCACAACCCCGCCUCGGCCUCGGCCUCGCGCUCGCAGUCCUCCUCGCGCUCAGCUCCGCGGCGUCCGCAGACCCGCGCACGUCCGUGGCGGGGCAGACGUGCGCGCCGGGCACGGCCGUGUCCGGCUCCACGCUGGCCGACAACUUCGUGCCGGCCAUGGACGAGCUCAACACCAACGUCAGCGAGCGCGGCUUCGGUACCUCCGCCGUCGGCUCGGGCCCCAACACGGUCUUCGGCCUCGGCCAGUGCCUCCGCGACCUCUCCCCCGUCGACUGCAAGCUCUGCUUCGCCGAGGUGCGCUCGCUGCUGCCCAAGUGCUACCCGCGCGUCGGGGGCCGCCUCUACCUCGACGGCUGCUUCGGACGCUACGGCAAUUACUCCUUCUUCGGGGAGGCCCUCGACGCCGCCAGCGACGCCCGCGUCUGCGGCACGGCCGCAGAGGGGAACUACACGGGCGCCGACCCGCGGGCGUUCGGGGACGCCGUGCGCGCCGCGCUGGCCAACGUCACCGCGGCGGCGGAGGCUCCAGGGAGCCAUGGGUUCGGGGCGGGAUCAGCGGCCGUGGGGGCCGCCACGGCGUUCGCGAUCGCGCAGUGCUGGGAGACCCUCAACGGCACCGCCUGCGCACAGUGCCUCCGCGCGGCGUCGGACGCAGUGGCGCCCUGCGCGCCGGCCACGGAGGGUCGCGCGCUUUUUGCAGGCUGUUACCUCCGUUACUCCACCAGGCAAUUCUGGAAUGUCAACGGCACGGCGGGAUCGGGCUCGUCAGUGCACAGUGGCAUUUUGUGGAUAUUGCUGGGUUCAUUUCUUGGUGCUUUUGCAAUUGUUCUAGUCAUUGCUUUUCUGGCAUGGAAGAAAAGAAUUCUCAGCAGGAGAAAAGGGUGCAACUCCUUCAUAGAUAUGUAUGGGGAUGGACUCUCUGUCAGAAUUGCACAGUCUAGUUUGAGUUUCAAAUAUGAAGAGUUAAGAAAAGCAACAAAUUAUUUUGAUCCAUCAAACAAACUUGGUCAAGGAAGUUAUGGAGCUGUAUACAAGGCUGUUCUUCCGGAUGGAAAGGAAGUAGCUGUCAAGAGAUUAUUCCUAAAUACAAGGCAGUGGGCCGAUCAGUUUUUCAAUGAAGUCGACCUAAUAAGUCAAGUUCGUCAUAAGAAUCUAGUUAAGUUGCUUGGCUGCAGCAUGAAUGGUCCAGAGAGUUUGCUUGUUUAUGAAUACUACUUCAACAAGAGCCUUGAUCUCUUCUUGUUUGGUAAGGCCAUGAUAGGCUACAUGGCUCCUGAAUACAUAGUGCAUGGGCAUUUGACAGAGAAAGCUGAUGUCUUCAGCUAUGGUGUUCUUGUUCUCGAGAUUGUAACAGGGAAAAGAUGUAGCAACUCAAAUGGUUCACACGGAGGACAGGUUUUGUUAACAAAGGUAUGGAAACACUACAAGGAUAACAGAGUGGGGAUGAUUGUUGAUCGAAGCAUAUAUGAUCGAAGCAUAUAUGAAGACUCUAUCAGGGAUGAGGUCAUGCAUAUACUGCAGAUUGGGCUGCUAUGUACACAAGCAAAUUCUGAUGACAGGCCUACAAUGGGGAAGGUGGUGGAGUUGCUGAGAAACCACAGGAAUGCUUUGGAGAUUGUCUUGAGUGACCCUCCAUUUCUGAAUGUCGAUGCUGUUGAGGACAUCAAAGAAGGGGAACAUUCACGAUUGCUGUCCUCCAAUUCUGCUCCGUCACUGUCAGGCUCGUCCCGAUCUUACUUAAGUGGGAGAUAA